AUGGCUCUCCAGGACAUGCUGGGGACGGCGGGCACUGCUCUGCAAGCCCCCAGUUGGCCCCUGCCCCCACCAGGCGGGGUGGUGGUCCCUGCGCCCUUCCCGCUUUCCCACGGCACGACCACGCUGGCGUUCCGCUGCAGCCACGGGGUGGUGGUGGCAGCGGAUACCCGGUCCUCCUGUGCGGGGCUCGUGGCCGAUCCGUCGUCCCGCAAGGUCAUCACCCUCCACCCUCACCUCCUGGCGACCACAUCCGGGACCUCGGCCGACUGCGUCAGCUGGCUGCGGCUCCUGCGCUGCGCCCUGCGCCUGCGGGAGCUGCGUGAGGGGCGCCGGCCCAGCGUCGCUGGGGCCGCCAAGCUGCUGGCCUCGCUGCUGCGCGGGUGCCGCAACGAGGAUUUGUGCGUGGCCACCCUGCUGUGCGGUUGGGACCACAGAGGGCCCGGUCUGCACUACGUCUACAGCGACGGCACCUGUCUCUCCGGGGAUGUUUUCUCUGUCGGUUCCGGCUCCCCCUACGCCUACGGAGUGAUGGAUGGCAGCUACCGCUAUGACCUGCCACGCGCAGAGGCCUUCCUCCUCGCCCGCCAAGCGGUGGCUCACGCUGCCCACCGAGAUGCCUACUCUGGGGGCAACGUGGACCUGUACCACGUCCGGCCAACUGGUUGGGUCUGCAUCUCACGGGAAGACUUGAGCGAAGUCUAUCGGGGCUUGGGGCCCAUGCCCGACGAGGACGGAGACGCUGAAGAAGUGCAGCAAGGACAGACCGGCCUUCGCGCUCCACCCGAAGCAGCGAUAGCCCACUUUUGGAAUUAA